UGAAGUCGCAGAAAAAGGGGGAGCAUUCCUCUGCUCGCAUCGAACUGGAUCCCCUCCCCUCCCCUCCAAAUCCAAAUCCAAAUCCGAACAACUCGAAUCGGCGGCGAGGUCGAGGCGGAGGAGACCAUGGGGCAGGGAACGCCGGGAGGGAUGGGCAAGCAGGGCGGCGACCGCAAGCCGGGCGGCGACGGCGAUAAGAAGGAGAAGAAGUUCGAGCCGCCGGCUGCGCCGUCCCGCGUCGGCCGCAAACAGCGGAAGCAGAAGGGCGCUGAGGCGGCGGCUCGACUUCCCAACGUCGCGCCGCUCUCCAAAUGCCGCCUCCGCCUCCUCAAGCUCGAGCGGGUCAAGGACUACCUCCUCAUGGAGGAGGAGUUCGUCGCCGCGCAGGAGCGCCUCCGCCCCCAGGAGGAUAAGGCCGAGGAGGACCGCUCCAAGGUCGACGACCUACGCGGAACGCCCAUGAGCGUCGGAUCGCUUGAGGAGAUCAUCGACGAGACCCACGCCAUCGUCUCCUCAUCUGUCGGCCCCGAGUACUACGUCGGCAUCCUCUCCUUCGUCGACAAGGACCAGCUCGAGCCUGGCUGCUCCAUCCUCAUGCACAACAAGGUUCUGUCUGUCGUUGGUAUAUUGCAAGAUGAAGUUGAUCCUAUGGUAUCUGUGAUGAAAGUUGAGAAAGCUCCUCUGGAAUCUUAUGCUGACAUUGGUGGGUUAGAUGCUCAGAUUCAAGAAAUUAAAGAGGCAGUUGAGCUUCCGUUGACCCAUCCUGAGCUGUAUGAAGACAUUGGAAUCAGGCCACCCAAGGGAGUCAUAUUAUAUGGAGAACCUGGAACAGGGAAAACUCUACUUGCCAAGGCUGUUGCUAACUCUACAUCUGCAACUUUCUUGCGUGUUGUCGGGAGUGAGCUUAUUCAAAAGUAUCUUGGUGAUGGUCCCAAACUAGUGAGAGAACUGUUUAGAGUGGCUGAUGAGCUUUCUCCCUCAAUAGUCUUUAUUGAUGAGAUCGAUGCAGUUGGAACAAAGAGGUAUGAUGCUCAUUCAGGAGGGGAGCGUGAGAUUCAAAGAACUAUGUUGGAGCUGCUGAAUCAGCUAGAUGGUUUUGACUCACGUGGAGAUGUUAAAGUUAUUCUAGCAACAAACCGCAUUGAAAGUCUUGAUCCAGCUUUGCUUCGGCCAGGUCGAAUAGACCGGAAGAUUGAAUUUCCUUUGCCAGAUAUUAAAACUAGGCGUCGCAUCUUCCAGAUACACACAUCAAAGAUGACGUUAGCUGACGAUGUGAACUUGGAAGAGUUUGUAAUGACCAAAGAUGAAUUCUCGGGAGCUGAUAUUAAGGCCAUAUGCACGGAGGCUGGAUUGCUCGCCCUGAGAGAACGUAGAAUGAAGGUGACCCAUGCUGAUUUCAAGAAGGCAAAGGAGAAGGUGAUGUACAAGAAGAAGGAAGGUGUCCCUGACGGUCUCUACAUGUAACAAAUUGGUCACUGGUCUUCAGUGUCAGAAAAAAACUCGUAGCAGUAUUUCUUAUUAUCAUUGGAUAUGUUAUUUGGUCUUGAUCAAUGGGGGGAGAAAGAGUGUGCCUUCUCUCUACGUUGUUGGACAUCAUGUAUUACCCUUCCUUUGAUACCUUUCAAGUACAAUUAAUUCCCUUUCAGAGAAA